GCGCAGGGGGGAGGGACGUGCGUUGACGCGGGUCUGUUCGUGGAGCCAACGAGUCCAGUCAACAAGCUAAUUAACGUUAGCACAGCGGCUGUAUGAACGCUAUCAUGUGGCAACAGGAGAGUAUGGACUAGCUAACGGAGGCUGCUUUCGGUACCGCGGCAAUCGCUGUCAGGCUGUGGACGGUCGCAGGUGGUCGCGCUUGGCUGCUUCAUUCAUGUCGCCGGCGGCCGGAGGAGUUUGAGCUGUGGUCGCGGGGCAGACUCGCUCUUCAGCUCGGUAGGACGACGCGGCUCGCUCACAGCAGACUAGGAGCAUGGUAGUCCCAGACAGUGCCAGCGUGGUGCCCGAGCCGGACAGUGCCAGCCUCAUGGAGAGCGCAAAUCCCGGAUGCCACAAGGAAGAGGGGGGCGAUCAGGAGCUGGCGGGGGUGGAGCUGGAGGAGGUCCGCAAGUUGCAGGAGCUUGUUCGCAGGCUGGAGGUCCAGAAUGAGACCCUGCGCAACAGGGGGAGCAAGGCGGUCAUCCACAGAGGAGCCGUCUCCAACAGCAACCUCACCGUUGCCAGCAAUAUCAACGAGAGACUUGCUUAUGGAGAGGUGACCGGCCCCUGCCUGAGGUUGGAGGGCUUUGGUCAGGGUCCCUGUGACUUUGAGCUGUCACCCCCACAGGACAGCAGCAGCAUCGAAGAGAUGUCCCCCCUGCCGGAGACCAAUAGGCUGGUGGAGGACGAUGAAGAUCAGGAGGUAGAUGAAGAGGACCAGGGUCCGUGUGCGGCGUUUCUCACCUUGACCUGCAGCAAUGGAGCGGGUCAGACCCAGGGGCCAAGCAAAACCCCAGAGAGUCCUUCUCAGGGAAGUUAUGAAUCAGAGACACUUGCAGAAAGCGACUCAGGGGUGGACCAAACAGCACUGGAUGAGGUGGAUGUCCUAGAUUUGGAGGAUGAGUGUGCAGAUGUAGAGGACGAGGACAGCUGGUUGUAUGUGUCUCCUAAAAAGCAAAUGGCAGAUCUGGACCCAGAGUCUCCAUUGAAGUGGUGUCGGCAGGUUCUCGACCAUCGCAGCCCUGAGACAGAACAGGCUUGUCGAACCCUGAUGAGCCGACUUGACCAGACAUCCCGGUGGAGGAACAUGUACAGCAGCCCAUCAGCGGAGGCAGGGUCAGCAGGCUCAGCAGGCGCAGCCCUGGUCUCUCCUGGGUACCAUAAAUCAACUAACAAAUCUCUACUAACCUGUGGCAGCUCAGGUGUCACAGGCAUGCAAUCAGCCCUGAGUUCACAGUCAUCCAUAGACAGUGAGCUCAGCACAUCUGAUGACUCCAUCUCAAUGGGCUACAAGCUGCAGGACCUCACUGAUGUCCAGAUCAUGGCUCGUCUACAGGAGGAAAGUCUGAGGCAGGAUUACGCUUCCAGCUCAGCAUCUGCUUCACGCCGCAGCUCCACAGCAUCUCUACAAUCCCUGCGUCGUGGUGGCACAUACAGCGACCAGGAAUUUGACAGCUAUAGUCUGGAAGAUGAAGAGGAUGACUCUUGUCCUGUGCCCCAGCGACGACAUCGUUUUACUCCUUCGCCUUUAGGUUCGCCCCGGUGCCUGUCUCCUUCCACGCCCAGCCACAAUCAAGAAUACAGCAGACUCGGGGCUCCACGCACAAGAGCGCCCAGACGAUCUCUUCAGGGCCCCAGUGCAGAGUUGCUUAAAUUUGCCAAGAGUGAGGAGGAGUUGAGGCAUAGCAUGCCUAAUCUGGCUCCCCGCACCAGCCUACGUUCCCUGGAGGCAGUCAGAAACAGCCGCAGCAUGGAGGCUAACCUCCAGAGCUCUGGCAACCGCAUGUCCCACCUGAGUCACUCCCCUUCCACAGGCAUGGCUUGUAGUCGAAUGCGUAGCAAUGGCCAGUCUCCGCUUUCCCUGCGGACUCCGGUUAAGGCCGUCACCCCGGUCGGCUCCAUGGUAGCCGGUCGUCAGCCCUCCAGAGGUCUGCCUGUCAUCCAAGCACCACCUGCAGGAGGGAGCCGCAGAGUCCAGUGCCCAGGGUCUGCCAAUGGUGCAACCUAUAUGCCUAGUAGAGCUUCAACGGGGGCAGGGAAACCUGCCACAGGUGUUGCAUCCACCAGGAGUAAACUUUCGCAGCCCCCCAGAAGGUCUUUGGGCAUGACUAAAAUCUCGGACGAAUCCUGGAAAGAUGGCUGUUACUAAGUCUGACUGUCUUUCACUGCUGCAGCCUUCAUGCGACACCUUCCUAUUACCUCUCCAAGUACAAAAAAACCCAUGACCAUUUUGUGCACAAAAGUAUCCAUUGAUCUUUUGGUCCCUUGUUUUAGACUGGAUCUCUGGACUGCACUGGAAUCAUACAGUAGAUAAAACAUCUUUUUCCCUUGCAUGAAACCUUGUCAACCCACACACAUACAAGAUGUGUAGGCAGACCAAAAGGCAUACAUGCAGACUUGUAAUAUGGACCCUCUCUGAGCUUCCAGAAAAUGUGUCUGUUUUACUUAUUUUUCUAUGGUAAUUGUAAGAAACUGCUGAAAUCUUAAAGGUUGUAAUUACUGUUAUCUUGGCGUAAUUGAUAUGAAGACAGUUUAUAUGAAGAUAUUGGUGGAUUGUUUGAUUUCUGUGUGAAUCCCUAUUAGAUGAAGGUGCUGAGUAUUGCAUGCUUGGUUUUGUUGUUUUUCCCGGUUUCUAGCCUCCACAUCUCUUUACAGCUGUUCACCGUUAUGUAACUGCAAUAUGACAACUGUUCCAUUCCUCCCACAGUGAUGUGUGAAUUUAUGGACAUUUGAGUGGUUCAUAGUGAAUUUAUCCUUAAAUCGUUGUUUUGCCCUUGGCUUACAUGACAGUGCAAUUCCUUUAAACCACACUGCCCUUACAAAUAAUUUAUGGAAAAAUACAGUUUGUGCCAAGGUGCGUUUUAGCUGCAACACUUUGUAAUUCCUGAAGUAAUGUUGAGUUUCAAAGAUAAUGUCAAGGUACUGUGUUUUGAGGCGUUUUUACUGCCUAUCUAGAUGUGGAUUUAACUGUCUGCUUUUGGAUACCACUGUAAUAAUUUUAAAGAAAAAUGUUUAUGCACGGAGGCCUUGUGCCUUAAACAGCUAUGCACCCUCAUGCAGAGUGCCUCUGAAAAUUAGGAGCUGUGAUGAAAACGAAUAAAGUCUACCCUGAACCUCUAA